ACUCCAAGACUUGGAGAACGAGUUCUUCUUCCCUUGUUUUAUAUAUAUAUUAUACUUAUCUCUCUUUAUAUAUCGUUGGGUCUAAGUUCUCUGACCACCUACUCCACGCGAGCUCUCUCUCUCUCUUCAUCUUGUUGCUUUCUAGGGUUCUUUUCUUUUUCAUCAGGGUACAAACAACUUCUUCUGAUUUCUUUUCUUGCGCUUCUUGAUCGAUCGAUUGAUUAGAAUUCUUUCUUAGUUAUUUAAUUUGCCUUGUCUCGCAAGCUCUAAAUCUAAUCUCAGAAGUUUGUUCUUCUUCCGGAAUCGUUUUCCUUAAAUAGGAUUCGGUUAUCGCAAAAGAGAUGGCGAAUACUUCUUUCAAGGAGCAGCAUGACUUUGCUAAGAGAAAGGCGGAGGCAGCGAGGAUCAGGCAGAAGUAUCCAGAUAGGGUUCCGGUGAUCGUAGAGAAGGCAGCAAGGAGUGACAUACCUAGCAUUGACAAGAAAAAGUAUUUGGUCCCGUCAGACUUGACUCUUGGGCAGUUUGCCUAUGUUAUUCGCAAGAGAAUUGAUCUGAGCGCAGAGAAGGCCAUCUUUAUGUUCGUGGAUAAUGUGCUUCCACCUACUGGUGCUUUGAUGUCCAAUUUAUAUGAGGACAAGAAGGACGAAGAUGGGUUCCUCUACUUCAUCUACAGUGGAGAAAACACUUUCGGGGGUCAAAAUAUGCAUUAGUUCAUCACUCCUCAAUGCCAUUUUCAUAACCUUUUUUUAGCUUUUUAGUUUCUGUUAAUAGCAUUAUGGUUCUAUGCGGAACGCUUCCACCCGUGAUAAAAUGUACAGUCUUCCUUCUGUAUAGGAUUUCAUGUGGUGGUUCUCUCCAGAAGGUCCUUUUAGUUGCUUAUCAAUAAUUGUUCUUAAUAGACUCCUUUUCUGCUGGGUGUUGUAUUUGUGUGCUCGUGAGGUUAAAAUUUUGGAGUAGCAAGAAAUCUAUGGGCAA